UGCAUAAGUUUACACGGGAUAAGAUAACACAUGUUCAAUUUUUAUGUCAAUAUUACAGUGCACGUUUUAAUAUGGUUAUUGAUAGAACUUCCUGAUUUAGCAAUUUCAAUUGACAAACAUAUUAUUUAUUUUAAUAAGACUACAUUAUUCAUUUAAACUGAAACGAUGACUGUUCUCAUAUUUGUAUAUGGAACUUUGAAAAGUGGAUUACCGAACCAUCACUUAAUCGAAAAUAAAACAGAUGGACUUUGUAUUUCACGGGGAACAGCAACUACAGAGGAGAAAUUCCCGCUUGUGACUGCAACCAGAUACAACGUUCCUUUCAUGUUAUAUGCACCAGGAAAAGGUCAUAAUAUUGAAGGAGAAUUAUAUGAGGUUGACGAAACAAGACUGAAAAGCUUGGAUAAACUUGAAGCACAUCCUCACUUGUACGAGAGACGAGACAUUAUUGUGACAAAAUCUGCUGGACGAGAGGGUUCCGAGAACGCAAUUAAAGUACAGUCGUAUUUUCUUGUUAAAUAUCGACCACUUCUUUUGGACAUGCCAAUGUUAAAAAACUAUGACGGACAAGGUUUUGUAAUUCCGGAAGAACGAAAGGAAAUGAAACAUUGGUGGUCUGAAGUGCACAUGGAUUAUGAUGACGCUUAGAAAGAUAUGUGACAAAUUUAUUGAAAAGUAUUCAAGAUUGUUAUUCAGUCAAACCGAGUCUAUUAUAAUGUUGCUUGGUUCUAUGCUUCCAAAGGAUCUUUUCACAGACUUAAAUUAACUAUCACAACAGCAAGUGCCGUAUGCAUGGCGGCUGUUAAAAGACUCCUCGUGCUUUGACUCAGUGUUGUUAUGUUCUCUGGCCCUUUGCAUUCACCUCAACUGAAAUUCACGCUUUAGCAGGUGCUAGGGGGCUUGAGGGGUGUUACACACUUCAAUAUUUCUCAGGACAGAUUUUUUCAAACCGAGUCUGCUAUUACGUUGCUUGGUUGCGUUCUAUGCUGUCAAAAGGAAUUUUCACAGGUUUUAUGCAUUGUUUUAGUCUAAAUGAUAAAAUUUGUCAGCUUUUGUCAGCCGUCAGUCCUUUCACCGUAUCACUGGAAAGUUGAAGACAAUCAACUUUCUGAGUUCCUGUGACCUAAUAUCGAAUGAAUACACUAAGUAGUGUUAUAUAGCUAUAUACAGCUGUAUACUGUAAUAUUAUGAGCCGACAAUUACAUUUGUUUCCAAAUAGCGGGCCUCCGUAUUAUUGUAUCGGUGUGAAACCAACAUAGAAACCCAAAAUGUUGUUUUGUUUAGGAUAUACUUAAUAUUUAAUUUAGUUUUUGUUUAUUGUUUUUUUUUUAUUUGGAAACAAUUUAUUUUUUAAUUUUGUUGGGUUAAUUGUGUCACUUUGACACAAUUAUAGGUCAUAUGGCGACUUUCCAGCUUCGAUGGUGGAGGAAGACCCCAGGUGCCUGUCCGUGCAUUAUUUCAUCACGAGCGGGCACUUGGGUAGAACCACCGACCUACCGUAAGCCAGCUGGAUGGCUUCCUCACAUGAAGAAUUCAACGCCCCGAGUGAGGCUCGGACCCGCAUCGAUGAGGGGCAAGUGACUUGAAGUAAGCGACUUUAACCACUCGGCAACGGAGGACCUCAAACAACAUUUCAAAUUUUCAUAAAAUAGACUGAUUAUAACUCAUUCUAAGACAAACAAGUGAAUGAAGUAUUGCCAUGCAAUACAAAGUCCCCUACUGGAAGGCACCUAAUUUUCUCUACUGCAGUAUAACAUAAUGAACUGAUAUCUGUCAAUGAUGUAUAAACAAUAUUGUACUAUAUAUACAGUAUGUUAUAAACAAAAGACUUGGAUUAAAAUUUGUAUAUA